UUCAUUAACCGUCGUAACAACCCCAAAGUUUCAAAUUUCAAACAAGGACAAAACCCUUUAAAUAUCACAGAAUUCCCGUCAAAGCUUUCAUUUCCUUAUCAUCAAGCAGUUUUUUUUCUUAUCUGAAAACAAAAUGGAACAAACUGAAGAAGGAAUUGGCGUCAAAGUCUACAACGCAACACCACCAGAAGGUCCUAUAGCAAUCUCCUCCCUCCCUCGGCUGCCACCAGAACCGGGCAGGAAGAGGAAAGCCGUGGCAAAAGGGGUGCAAAAAUCUACAUCCAAAACUUCCAUGCUUGUUAACUUCCUUCCAACAGGCACACUUUUAACUUUUGAAAUGGUUCUCCCUUCUGUUUACCGCAAUGGUGAUUGCUCCGGCGUUAACACCAUGAUGAUUUACUUCCUCCUAUGCCUUUGCUCACUCUCUUGCUUCUUCUUUCAUUUCACUGAUAGUUUCCGGGGUCCUGAUGGGAAUGUUUACUAUGGUUUCGUGACCCCUAAGGGACUGGCUGUGUUCAAGCCUGGUCUCGAUGUUGAAUCCCCGAAAGACGAUAAAUACAAGGUUGGACUUACUGAUUUUGUUCAUGCCAUCAUGUCGGUCUUGGUGUUUAUGGCAAUUGCUUUUUCGGAUUAUAGAGUUACAAACUGUGUUUUCCCCGGGCAUGAGAAGGAAAUGGAUCAGGUUAUGGAAAGUUUUCCCUUGAUGGUGGGGAUUAUUUGCAGUGGCUUGUUUCUUGUGUUUCCCAACACCAGAUUCGGCGUUGGUUGCAUGGCUGCUUGAAAUUUGUAAAAACCAUGGUUGUGGAAUUA